GGCCAUGGCCCCUUUCGGCCCUUUCGCCAAUGCUUGGAGGUUCAAGUUCCGAGCUUUCUCCGAAUUUCGAGGAUGAUCUGCAGCUGAUCCUCCAGCAAGUUGCCUCAGGGCAGCUCUCCCUGCAAGCAGCCGUGGGGGUGUUGGAAGAGCCGGAGCCAGAUCCAGGCGCAUCCAUUGAGAAGACGAUUGCGGCACCUACACAGGUGUCACUUCUGCGGCCCGUGGAGCCCCCACCGGUGACGCCGGUCGUGCUCACGCCAAAGGAGCGUGCAGUGAAGGAGGUGAAAGGCCCAGCCCCGGUGCUCACAGAGGCGUACGAGGAUGUGGAUCCAGACUGCAAGGGCUGCGGCGUCCGCAAGAUGCAGCUCAAGGCGAUGGCGAAGCAACUGGUUUCGCUGAGCGAAUCUGUGAUGAAGCUGGCGGGAGAGGUGACUUCAUCACAGGAGUUGGCCCUGAUGGUGCUCAGCUGUUUGUCACCCUGUUCCCAUCUGGAGCUGUCCAUAGGCACCUGCUGUGCUUCUCUGCAGUCCUUGCUCAGUUCUAAGGGGCAGCAAACUUCAAUCAGACCGAAAGCUGAGACGAAACAGGCUGAGGUGAGCGUUCUGGACGCUGGCCCUUUGCCUCCAAGCACCAGCCUGCCCGAGCCUCUCCGGGCGCCACCUACCCGUGCAACGACGCCUACGGCGUCCUUCCCGGCGCCCGUGGUGGCAAAGCCACGUGCACCGUUUGAAGAGGAGGGACUGGUGCGCUUUCAUGAGACGCAGGUAGAUCGGAGUGCCAACCUGGAGGCCUUGAAGGCUCCGAGCCAUGCUCCGGCGCCGCAGCUGCUGCGCAUGCCGGAGCUGGGGCCCAACAGACUCGACUCCUAUCCGAUCGCGAGUCCUCGACUUCGGGCGACGCCGGCGACGCCCUACGAGCAGAUGAUGACUGCCGGGAUCACGCGACGGGAGCCGGCCAACGAGGUGCCAGCGCUGGGCUCCAACAUGGCAACACCUCGGCAGAUGCCGCGGCCGACGCAACGUGCCGACCUCUUGGACGAGCCUCCACAGCUGCCGGCGGAGUUGCUGGCCUUCGCCGCGCCGGGCGUGGUGCCCGGGGCGGCGGGCUUCAGCCCGCGGACGCCGGCGGAGCGGCUGCGGCCGCACCAGAGGAAGGAAUGGGAAGAUCUGUCUCCUGAAAAACCUCAGGGUCCGCAGAGAAAUCUGGUUGCGCCAGCAAAAGUACCAGAAAAUGGCAUCACUGAUGACCCGCAGGUUGCCAAGAGCACUUCUGAAAAUUCCAAAGGUUCCUCCCAGACGCAAAGCCAAGAUGAACAGCAAACUCAAAAAAUGCUUGCUGGGCCACAGCGUCCAGCACAACCGGUAGCUGGAGAACAGCAACCCCAGCAAUCACCUGCUAGGUCCAAGGGUCCCGCACAACCAGCAGCAGCUGGACAGCAAGCGCAGCAAUCACCUGCUCGAUCCCAAAGUGCAGCACAACCAGCAGCAGCUGGACAGCAAGCGCAGCAAUCACCUGCUCGAUCCCAAAGUGCAGCACAACCAGCAGCGGGCGGACAGAAGGCGCAGCAGUCCAAGAGCCCUGCAACUGGUGGACAGCAAGCGCAGAAAUCACCACAACCUGCAGCUGGUGGACAGCAAGCGCAGCAAUCACCUGCUCGGUCCAAGAGCCCAGCACAACCCACAGCUGGACAACAAACCCAGCAAGCACCUGCUAGGGCCAAGAGCCCAGCACAACUAGCAGCUGAUGGACAGAAAACCCAGCAAUCACCUGCAGCUGGACAACAAACCCAGCAAGCACCUACUAGGUCCAAGAGCCCAACACAACCCCCAGCUGGGCAACAAACCCAGCAAGCACCUGCUAGGUCCAAGAGCCCAGCACAACCAGCAGCUGGCGGAAAGCAAGCCCAGCAAUCACCUGCUCGGUCCAAGAGCCCAGCACAACCAGGAGCUGGUGGACAGCAAGCCCAGCAAUCACCUCGGUCCAAAAGCCCGGCACAACCCGCAGCUGAUGGACAGCAAGGCCAGCAAGCACCUCGGUCCAAAAGCCCGGCACAACCCGCAGCUGAUGGACAGCAAGGCCAGCAAGCACCUCGGUCCAAAAGCCCGGCACAACCCGCAGCUGAUGGACAGCAAGGCCAGCAAGCACCUGCUCGGUCCAAAAGCCCGGCACAACCCGCAGCUGAUGGACAGCAAGGCCAGCAAGCACCUGCUCGGUCCAAAAGCCCGGCACAACCCGCAGCUGAUGGACAGCAAGGCCAGCAAGCACCUCGGUCCAAAAGCCCGGCACAACCCGCAGCUGAUGGACAGCAAGGCCAGCAAGCACCUCGGUCCAAAAGCCCGGCACAACCCGCAGCUGAUGGACAGCAAGGCCAGCAAUCAGCUAGGUCGAAUAGUGCAGCACAGCCAGCUUCCACUGUGGGUGAACCGGAGAAGCAGUCGGCAUUCGUUCGAUCCAGAAGUCCGCCACCACCAAAAGGUCCAGAAGCCCAGCUGUCGCAGGAGCAGCCGCUGGAAGCGAAGAUCCUUGGGCUCAAAAUGCUAGGAAAGGAAACCAAGGGACGCGCCCGAGGCGCCCGCGUCGCCCGCGUCGCCCGCGUCGCCGCCGCCAGAGUCCUCCAGUGGCAGCGCGUCGUCGUCCAGCGCGUCGACGUCCAGCGAGGGAGCGCCAGCGAAGGCGGAGGCAGGAGUUGGGGAGUGGAUUGGGAUUUUUCUUGCCUCUGA